AGCCUUUUUCUGCUACUGAGAAAGAGAAAGAUGUACUAAAAGCAUAGCCUCUAUUGGCAACCUCCUCCAGUAGUUCCAAUAGAAGAUAAGGACACAAAUUCACAUUUUCAAGUACUUACUUUCAUGUUAGUUAGAUUUCUGAGGAAGAGCGACCUAUUUGAGUUUCAUUGUCAUUUCAUAUAAAAAUGUCGGACGCCGGUGCGGACCGUUCGAUGACGUAUCGUCGGGUCGGCAUUUGUAUCAUGUUGCUAUGUUUCGUCUUACACGCUCAAGGAUACCGAAUGCUCCAUCCGAAAAAUGUAAGGGCGGCGCUUACAACUACAGCAAAAGGGAAGACCAUUUUUCUUUCCCUGGCGUUGUCUAUGGCUUUACUUUCUCUGGUCUAGGUAUACAAAAAAAAACACAACACAAAAGAAGAAGUUGGUUGAAAGUCUGAUCCUCAACACGAGUAUUUUUAUAUGCGCAUUUUGAUUUUGCCGGUAGUUUCAGAGAAAGAGGUAGCAUUACCCAUCAAACAAUUUUAGUCUGUAGGUUAAAUGUGUAGCUAAGUGUGUGUACAAAACGUUUCGCGAUUGGAUUCUAAGUUACUUGGAGCCUGGCUGUCCCGCAAUAUCGCAUCCGCAGUUCUUCUGCAACGUGUAAGGAUUACGGCCUCACCUAAUCCAUCUUUUAGCUCAUUUUAUAAGCUGUUUACAAGUAGAAAAUGGACACAGAUGAGGCAAAACGUUAGGUUUAGGAUGACUACUUGUGAGACGCAGUGAAGAUGAUGAUGGAUUGUCGUGAGUUCUAAAAGACGGGAGCAAGUCGCUAAUGCAAGACUCGCAGGAAAAACGGUCUUAAUCACUGGCGCCGGUGGUGGUUUAGGACGUCUCUUGGCGCUACAACUGGCGAAAUUCAACCUCAUCCGCCGCUUUGUCCUCUUUGACAUUUCGGAGCAAGGGCUUCAGGAGACAAAAAGGGCUUUACUCGACGAGUCGAGCCAAAGCGGUGGUCAAAAAUGUGAGGCAGAUUUAUGUUGACAAGAUUCUAACUUCGUUGUAGAGAAUCCUUAGAAAUGAAUGAUGCUAUGAAGAUGAGGCCUCUCUCGAUAAGAUUUAGAUAUUGAAAGUAGGCAGCAAUUCCUUUCGCCUUUCAUUUCCUCACUCAUUACAAUUUUCUUCUAAUAUCGAGCUACGUCGUGGACGUGGGUGACCGCAAGGCGGUAUUUUCUGCGAUUGAGGAGUACUCGUCAGCAAGCCCUGAUCAUAACGCCCCAGACUUGAUGGUGCUCAACGCUGGCAUAGUACGCGGCGCCGACUAUGUAGAUUAUGGUCUCUAGAUGUUUCAUUUCAUCGAACUGGUAGAGCAAUAUUAUUUAUCGCAGGGUUCUUCGUUAUCGUGAACCGCUUGCGUGAUGACGGAGUGUCCAGUCGCAUGAUCAAAUAUGGUCAGCUUUUUUCCAUCUUUCUCGGCAUCUUGGUCCCCUUUUGCCUUGUAUUCUCAUGAAAUACAAGGGGAAGGGGGUCGAGAUGAGGGCACCAAGACGCAAUCUAGCAGACUUCAAAUCAAUGUGGCAAUGAGGAAGAGUAAUGGCACUGCGGGGGGUACACUAAUGAUCGAUUUUAUUUUUGGUCAAGACCAAGUACUGCUGUGUCACUCAAGCUGUGUGAUCAUGAAUCAUCCUCCUUACAGAACGCAUGAGCUUUGAUUUGCCCCUCAUGGCCAAAAAUCAAACUAUCAGGGACUUUCUUUACAUGCAUCCUUGGAGCACUUUCUUUAUAUGUUCUAGGACUGCACGGUACCCCCCCUGCAACAGAAACUGCAGGCAGCCCAGACUAUCUUGGAGCACUUUCUUUACAUACAUCCUUACAGAAGUUGGACUUACUCUAAGUAAAAGACAAAAGCCCACGAAGUAUCCGCCAGACCUUCGAUGUGAACGUGUUUCACCUCUUUUGGUUCGUUCAAGCGCUGUUGCCAAGAAUGUUGGUUAUGAUUGAAUAUGCAGACCAUAGGAUAAAAAUGGUUCUCCAUCUCCUACAGAAAGAAAUGAAUAUUGAUUUCUUCCAAGUAAAGCAAACCUAGCUGGAACCGCGUGGUAAUUAUCGCUUCAAGUGCUGGACUUAGCGGAGCUCGACGCUUGACGGAUUACUGUGCGAGUAAGGCGGCGGCCGUUGGCUUCCACGACUCUCUGGCACACGAAUUGGCUGCACGAAAGAUCGAAGAUGUUAGCAUUUACGAAAGGAAAGUUCAUCUAACUGCCUUUCAAGAAACGUCUUCUCCUCACAUGACCAUGUUUUUGUUAUAAGAUUCCUGACUCUCGUACUCACCGACUAAAUAUUCCUCACAACUCUGGUGCCAGUCGAACUUGUCUGUCACUGCCAAGAAAUGAAAUUCCCCAAAAUAUUUUUAAAGUCUUAAAACUAAACAAAUCUCAAUCUACCUCUAAAAAUCGAAAAAGCACCAAACCUCUACCAGUGUGGUGAAUCCGUUUAUGGUGGGAACUGGGAUGUUUGGUGGCGCGAAGACCUCCUCAAUUCUGCCUGAACUGACGCCAGACCGCGUUGUCCGCGACAUUAUUGACCAUACCAUUCUCGGUGAUGUGGAAGUGCUGAAUUUAUGUGGAAGGGCAUGAAUACGCUGAAGCAGCAAGCUGCUUAGAUAAAAUCACAAGAACCUACCACCCAACCUGUUUCCUCAGCGGAAAAGAACUCUUUUUCCUGUACAAGUGACAGCACUUGCAUCCAUGAUUCUAAGGGUCAAUUAAAUGUACAAGUACUCACAUUUUCUUCUUGAGCUUCUACGCUUUUGUACUUUCUUCCUCACUUCUAACCAAAAUCCCUUCGAUCCUCUACGCUGUGCCUCUAGCGAAACAGGUAUUGCCACGUUUCAUCCAGUUCUGGCUUGGACGCUUCACACUGGAUGUGAGGGGCAUGAGUAUUAAAGAUGGAGGAGGGGAGAUGAAAUAGAAGGUGGCAUUAGAGAUGAACUAUUUUCACCUAGAAGGCGAUGUAGAGGAUAGCGAUACUCUUGGAAAAGAAGAUACCCAUACGGAGCAAAUGCUUAAAAAAUGCGUAGUUGAUGGCUCAUCAUCGUUAGUAGUUACAAAGAUCUACCCUUGAAGAGGUCGCCAGAAGUCCCUGCGAUGAACUUCCUGCCUUGACUGAAGGGGGCCCACCCGGCCCAGCGGCGUCGUCUAUUGGUUUCAGACGAAACCACAAGGCGUGCACUGUCACGAAAAGGCGCCAGACCUUUGACAUGCCCCAAGAUACCCAAACGGCAAGCUGCAUUUGUUAUGACUCAUACCUAAACGAUAGUUGAUGACUCAUCAUUGUUAGGAUCUAUCCUAACAGUCGUGAGCAAUGACGAUGAUGCCCUCAGAGAAGCAGUUCUAAUUUAUACUCACUUUAUUUGAGUCAAGAACAGCCAUUUUUAUAGUACUUAGAAAAGGAGUGCGAAACUAAGGACUACUCAGUUUUUGACCACAUUUUUUUCUAUGUUGUUGAAGGACUUAUCUGCUACUUGCGUAAGUAAGUCGUGUUCUUGAAGGACUUAAUAUGUCUCGUAGUACUAGUGUAGAACAAGAAAGAGCAUCUGAGGCCAACGCUAAGCGAACUACGACUCAGUCUUACUGUAGCUAGGUUAAUAGUUUGCCUUCCUGAGCAGCCUGGUUUGCUUACAUUUUCCGUCUACAGACACUUUUUCAAUUGAUGCCAGCGGUCCAUGUCCAACGUCUUGCAUCUACACCUUUACCUAGUAUAGCAACGCACAGCUUGACGCCGUACCUAGCAUGGUCUCCUUUCGUUCAAGGAAGUAAACGACUGAUCCUUUGGCUACCUCUGCUUUUUUGUAGUACCGUCCUUCGGUGUCGGUGACAGACGACAAUAUUUAUUAGAUUCUGUACCAGAGGAAUAUCAACGAUUUUCCAGGAGAAUGGACUACUAUUACUCCUCAAUAUUUGCUGAAGUGCGCGCGAGGAGACCUUCUUCACGCAUUUUG